AACAUAGGUACUACAAACGGUUGUCCGAUACGUGGUACCGCAUAUAAUCAAACACCAUAUAGUACCGUGCUUCACUUCGUACCGGUUUUAAAAGGAGUUUUAUAAAAUUUUUCAAAUUGUGAAAAGUGAAAAAUUCAGCUAAGAAAUGUCUUCGGAGAGAUUUCACAAAGCAGCCAAAGAUGGCAAAAUCGAAAUUCUCAAAGAAGCAACGAAAAGGGACUGCAAUAGCAGAGACAAACAGAAAAUGACCCCUACUUUAUAUGCAGCUUUUAACGGACAUCUGGAAGCACUUAGAGUUUUAUGUGGUCGAGGUGGUGAUCCGGAUAAAGCGGACAUCUUUGGUAAAACUGCUCUACAUUUGGCGGCAUCGCAAGGUCACAAUCCGGUGGUUACCUUCCUUGUAAAUUUCGGUGCAAACAUCUACGCCACCGACAUAGAUGGAAGAACACCGCAGGACGUUGCUGCCAUGAAUAAUAGAGACGAUAUCCUGCGUUUUCUGGACGGAGUCCAUGCAAAAUUAGAAGCGACCGAUAAGAAGAAAAUGAAAGCUUUGCAGGAAAGAGCGAAAGAGGAUGCAAAGAAACAGCUGAAACGCUACAACAACCACAAGAAAAAGGCAGAAGAGAAACGCGAGAAACAAGAACGAAGGCUGAGCAAAGACUACAGACCGUCCAUGAUGCAAACGAUUAGGAUGAAAAUGAGUGGUUCCACUUCCAAUUUGGCAACACAAGUUACUGUCACUCCCAGACACACUUUCAGCAAAUUACUCUCAGGCGGCACCAUUUCCGGCAACAAACAAAUCGGAACUGUUCAAAAAAUGAUUUUGGCCAAUAAAAACAACAGAUUGGCCGGAUUGAAUAACGAUGACGACGAUUUUAAGAUAAGUGAAAUCGAAGAUGGCAAACGUUCGGUGCGAUCUUUGAAGGGCAUAAGAAGAGAUUCGGAAGUUUUAUACGGCGGGACAAUAGAAAACAGAAGAGGCAGACUGGAUGGCGUCUUCAAUGAGGCGGAGCACGUGAAUUCGGCACCGCCUCCGAGCAAUGGAAUGAUCAGAUCGAUGUCACAGCCGGAUUUCGUGCAAGAAUUGGCAAAUUCGGACACGAAGGAACCGCAAAGCAUUUUUAUUCGACCUGGAAUGGGAAGCAUCGUCAUCAGGAAAAGCAUAACAAAUACGUUUGGUGGAUUAUACAGUGGCAUAAACAGCAUUGAUGAAAGUUCUUUAGAUUCGGGAGAAAGUUAUCCCGCGAGAAACGUAACCGACGAUGAACUAUCUGAGUCUGACUCUGACAGUGAAGAUGACAAUCCAAACGGACCACUAGAACGGUUUCUAGUUGCCUUCGGACUUGGAGAGCACCUUCAAAAGUUCAUAGAACAAGAAAUUACACUGGAUUCGUUAAUGUUAUUCACGGAAAAUGAUUUAAGAAGGUUGAAUUUACCGUUGGGGCCGCACGUCACCCUGGUGAAUGCAGUCAAAGAACGAAAAUUGGCUUUGGAAAGUCCCGGCGAAGUUAUGGAUAGCCAGUUGUAAAUCUAUUUUGUUAGCACUUAGUUUGUUGUUUCUUGUAUAAAAGUCUAGUCUUGCCGACAAAUGUACAUAAUGACAAUACAGUCUGACAAUAAUUUUGGUCCUUCGAAAUCGCUUUCUAUUAAGUAUGUUUUCCUAAUCUACGACAUACACUUUUAUUAUUAACAUUAUAAGAUUUUAUUUAAGCUAGUCAUAAAUACAAAACUAAUUUCAAAAUGCAUCGCAAGCGAUUAUGUUCCCAAUCGAAAUACUUGGUAGCCUGAUUUAUUAAAUACUCUAAAGGUGCAUCUAAAAAUCAAGAUGAAUGAUUUACCGUUUAGGUUUUAAGAAAUGCUUUUAUACGCCAUUGGUCAAAAUUUUAGUCAACCCUCAGUCAGUUUAAUCCAACUAACAAUUUUGUUGACAUCAGGGACCAAGAUUAAUGCCCUAGACUGUAACUAACUACUUUGUAAUUUAUUUUAAAUAUAUUAUUAAUAAAUCUAAAAUUUGCAUU